AUGCACACUUGCAGAAUUUUCACAAUAUGGUCCAUGGCCGCAGCUCUGGGCUGCCGACUUCUUGUCACCGCUCUUCCCCGGCUCGACUAUAUCCGUGUGAUCGACAAAACGAUUAUCGUUGACAAUCCUACCAACGAUCAUGAUACAUUCUUUCUCUGGUCGCCGUAUGAUCCGUCUCCAUAUGAGGACGACACACCGCUUGACACUGACAUCGACACCGAGCCUGAUGGACAAGCCAACCCGAACAUCCAGGUCCUGGAUGACACCGGUCUGGGAGCGGUCAAGGGCCCCGCAACUGUGUAUCCACAUGAUACAUCUCCGACAGCCACUCUCAGAGACGAUGCUACCAAUUCACCAAGCAAUACGUUACCGGCGUGUGCGGUGACUGGUUCGAAUAAGCUUGCGCAUCAGCCUCGUGAUGCGCUGCCAAACCCGGAGGAAGACAUCGAAGCCAUACCAUCGAGCCUGAAGGCGCAGGAAGCAUCGGCACCACCGGUGGAAACCUCGACACUGCCUCAAGCUUUGCCUUGUGCCGGCCUUAGUUCAUGCCCAAGAGGCUACAAAGUCUACCUCUUGAUGGGCACGUGUUCGUGUCGUCUUCCUCCGAAAGUCCAA